AUGGCUGCUAUCGCAACUGAGGACCACGAUCUGCAGGGGCUUGAGCUAGCUCAACAAAAAUUCGGCCCACUUCUUUCUCCUAUUUCUGGAACUCCUCACGACUGGACAAACUACGUUAUUAGUCGCUCCGAAACUGUGGAGAAGUACGGUUGUGAGGAUGGUAGCGAGCAUGAGGCAUCUCUCAACAAGGACUACGGCCAUGAUUGUUGUGGUCACCUUCAGGAGAGCAUCCGGGAGCGUGUAAAAGAGAUGGAGGAAGAGUUGCAAGUUCCAGUUGGUACCUUCCAGAAGUGCAUCUCCGUUCUCCAGCGAGACACCGACAUGAACGAAAAUGAAGACCCUCAAUGUGCAGACAACGUUGUUCGUAUUUAUAGUCCAAGCUGCCCCUCAUGCAUCGACUUGCACUUUCACUACAGCAACUACGGAGGCUGGAACUACUCUCUGGGCUUUAAAAUCCUUCGCCAACUCCCCGCUCAUGGUGCCAACUAUCGCUAUCGUGGCUGGCUGCCGGAUAGGCAGCCUAGCGACUCCGAAUACUCUAGAAUGCAUACGCGCUGCGGCUGGAGGUCUAUUAGCUGGGGCUAUACGGUCAAGCUGGAGUCCCACUGUGCCCCCGAGUUUGAAUGUGGCGAGGUUGACCUAAACCUGGAAGGCGUGCUGGAAAUCCACAAGAUUCUCUUCGGUCCUAUUAAAGAACCGGAGGAUGAAAUGGACGCAAAAGAGCGAGUGGCCUACCGACGCAAACUUGUAGCAUCUGUUCGUCUUCUUCUGGCAGCUAUGGGGAUCGGCUAUAAAGUCGCAUGCGAGGACUCCGAAGAAGACGUCACCUCUUCCGAGAUCGAAGGCAUGCACUGGGAGCUUGAAUCUCUGUCCUGGGACUCCUGGGUUGCUAGAGGUGUCAGGAAGGCUUGCGGGUUCGAGCUCUCACGCGAUGCAGCUCAGGAUGCUUCCAGCAAGGAGAUGCGGCAGCGGGACGCGCAGGAAGCUUACGAAGCAGAGGAUCGACGACAGCGUCGCAUGGAGCGCGGGCUGGGUGAUUUUUACGACGACGACGACGACGACGAUUAUGAUGACGAAGACGAUGACGAGGGGGAUGAUUGCGAAGGGGUGAUGUUUUCUGCUGUCUAA